UUGACCCCUCACCAUGCUAUUGUUCAGCAGGCAGAGGCCACCCCGCCCUCCUCUCCCAUAAUCCCUGUGAUCCCAGUCUCGCCAAUCGCAGCCGAGUCCACCAUCAUCCCUCCGACGUCACAGGCCAACCCUCCUCCUGUGGUGGUCAACACGGACAGCCUGGACACGCCUCCAUACGUGAACGGGACGGAGGCUGAUUAUGAGUACGAGGAGAUCACGCUGGAGAGGGGGAACUCGGGGCUGGGCUUCAGCAUCGCCGGCGGCACAGACAACCCUCACAUCGGUGAAGACCCGAGCAUCUUCAUCACCAAAGUCAUACCUGGAGGGGCCGCCGCUCAGGACGGACGGCUCAGGGUUAACGACGUCAUCCUGAGAGUCAACGAGGCGGACGUUCGGGACGUGACCCACAGCCGAGCCGUGGAGGCGCUGAAGGAGGCCGGCUCGCUGGUGCGGCUCUACGUCCGCAGGAGGAAACCCGUCUCAGAGAAAGUGAUGGAGAUCAAGCUGGUGAAAGGACCCAAAGGUCUGGGCUUCAGUAUAGCAGGCGGCGUGGGGAACCAGCACAUCCCGGGCGACAACAGCAUCUACGUCACCAAGAUCAUCGAGGGAGGAGCUGCUCAUAAAGACGGGAGGCUGCAGAUCGGAGACAAACUGCUGGCUGUGAACAGCGCUUGCCUGGAGGAGGUGAGCCACGAACACGCCGUCACUGCCUUGAAAAACACUCCUGACGUGGUCUACUUGAAAGUGGCUAAACCCAACAGUGUCUUCAUGAACGACAGCUUCGCCCCGCCCGACCUCACCAACUGUGAGUGACGCCUUUUUGUUUUCUGUGUUCAAACCGCAGACUUU